AUGGGCGAGGAUUCCCAGGAUCUGAUGCUAGCAGUGACCAACCUGUACACGGUGUACAGCCUAUACAGGGAAACGGCACGGCAUUCACUUAAGAAAGGCCAUAUAUUUGGUCCGUGUGCCUGCCGGGGCUUCAACCGAUUGUCCAACCUGGAGAGGCACAAGGUCCCCCGUGUCACGGAGAGGCCAUGGAAAUGUGGGGACUGCGGGAAGGGGUUCAGUUACCCAUCUGAACUGGAAACCCAUCGGCGCAGCCACACCGGGGAGAGGCCGUUCACCUGCGCCGUGUGUGGCAAGGGAUUCACCCAGUCAUCCAGCCUUCACACGCACCAGCGGGUUCACACUGGAGAAAGGCCAUUCACCUGUGUCCAGUGUGGGAAGGGGUUUAACGCGUUGUCAAACCUCAUGACACACCAGCGGGUUCACACCGACGAGAGACCUUUCAAAUGUUCCAUCUGCGAGAAGAGCUUUAAAAGCACCAAAGAUCUGCUGAUACACCAACGCACUCACACCGGGGAGAGACCGUUCACCUGCGCUCUCUGUGGGAAGGGAUUCACUCAGUCAUCCCACCUUCUCACGCAUCAGCUUGUUCACACUGACGAGAGGCCAUUUAAAUGCACGGACUGCGAGAAGAGCUUCAAAAGCAAAAAGGAUCUACUGACCCAUGUACGCACUCACACUGGGGAGAAACCGUUUAUUUGCCCCUUGUGUGGAAAAAGAUUCACUUGUUCGUCUCACCUUUUGACACACCAGAACGUUCACACCGAUGACCGGCCUUUCAAAUGCUCCGACUGUGAAAAGUGCUUCAAAAGCAAAAAACAUCUCCGUAAACAUCAGCGGGUGCACACUGGGGAGAGGCCAUUCGCCUGCUCCAUGUGUGGGAAGAGAUUCACUCGUUCAUCCCACCUUCUGAGACACCAUCGCGUUCACACUGGGGAGAGGCCGUUCAUCUGCACCGAGUGUGGGAAGGGAUUCACUGACUCAUCUGACCUUUUGACGCACCAGCGAGUUCACACCGGAGAGCGUCCGUUCACCUGCGGCGUGUGCGGGAAGGGGUUCACCCAGUCGUCACAUCUCACCGAGCACCAGCUUGUUCACACCGACGAGCGACCUUUUAAAUGCACCACCUGUGAGAAGAGGUUUAAAAGCAAGAAAGAUGUUCUCACACACCGGAGGGUUCACACUGGAGAGAGACCAUUCACCUGCUGUGAGUGUGGGAAGGGAUUCACUCAGUCAAACAACUUGCUCAGACACCAGCAACUACACAAGUGACAGCGGGCGUUAAACGUUGCUGUUGUCGCCAUUGUUACCGUAAUCAUAAUGUGGACCAAACUGUUCAGUCUGGGGAGUACUGCUUUGUGCUGAUAUCAAUAAUACCCACAACUGAUCUUGAUAAGUAUUUAAUAAUUCAGUAUUAUUGUGGAUUUUGUGUCUCUUCACUGGGCUCGAACUCGGAGGACUAUCUGGGAAAACUGUAUGGUGGAUAGAAAGCUUCACUGGAUAUAAAGCAGGGCAAGGCAACUCCUUGGUCUUUCUCAUCUCUCUUCAAUGGCCACAUGGUCACCCAAAGUUUUAUUGUUGAGAGGUGUCAGAAAUGUCCCCCAUUCACAAUCUUCCGUGGAUCUGAGCUCCCAGAUUAUGGAAGCUUUGUGGUGAUGUUACCGGAUUGAUAAUCCAGACACCUGCACAAAUGAUCUGGAGACUUUAGCCGAUGGGAAUUUGAAUUCAGGAAAUGAAAUGUAUCUGAUCAUGAAACCUUGGCAUUAUGAUUAAAUUAAUUAAGUUUGCAAAUUGUUUUACGGACAGAAAUGCCAGCUGUACGUGAUCCAGUCUGCACUUGACUUGGUCCGUGGGAAUGUGCUUAAUUUUUUAACCGCUCCUUGAAGUGGUUGAACAAGCCAUCAAUCCAAGGACAUCUGAGGCUGGGCAAUAAAUGCUGGGUUUGUCAACAAGUUCGUACAUCAUGUAAGAAAGACCUUGAACAUCUGAUUUCUUUGCAAAUAUGUUGGAUUGAAUUGAAUUGAAUACUUUAUUGUUACAUGUGACAAGCCACGGUGCAGUUGUUUGCUUACAUAUAAGAUAUGCAAAUAUUCGUCCAUAAAGGGCGCUUACAAAGUUGAGAAUGUUGUGAAUUGGAAUGAAAAAAAGAAAUUAUGAAAAUGUGUUAAUUUCAGAUUUUGAUGUAAAAGUGACUGAAUGUGAAAUCGCAGCUUUAAAUUUGCUGUCCAAGAUUAACUGAAAAAGUUAUUUAUGCAACAGUGUAUGAUUUUAUUCAGCCAUCUUAAUAUUUAAAAUAGGCAUUUUUAAAAAUAGGCAUUGUAACAUUUAAAAGGACUUUGAUUGUUAUUUGCUGAUACAAUUAUAUAAUCGUCAUUUGAACUCCAGAUAAAAAAGUUAAUCGCUCCUGAUUUCCAUUCUUCUCUCUCAUCCCACCAGUCAAUGUUUCUCUGCAUCUUAAUUUAUCUUGUACCUUAUAACAACUUUUAUUCUGAUAUCGGUUCGUUCAACUUAACCUCAAAAUGUUUCUCUUUCUGUGGAUAUUGUCCGACUUGAUAGGUCUUGUCAACGUUUGUUUUUAUUUCAGAUUUCCAGCAUUGCAGUAUAUUGACUUUUCUAUGUAACAUUCUGUCUUUCUAUUUGGUUCUGCUAUAAAACAUUCCGACUGCAUAGA